GCGGAAGUGCCUGCGGCCGGGCGGAAGUGGCGGCGGAGGAGGGCGGAAGUGGCGGCGGAGCGGCGGUGCCGCGCAGGAAAUCUGGCUCUGUUCCUCAUUUUCCAUGGGUUCGAGUCCUGUGUGAAAAGCACGUGUGGCUGGGCUGCAAGAGCAAGGAGGCAGGAUGCUGUCGAGACCAAAGCCUGGGGAGUCCGAGGCAGACCUGCUGCGCUUUCAGAACCAGUUCCUGGCAGCCAGAGCUUCACCUGCAGUGAAGAUUGUGAAGAAAGCAGACAAGAGGAAAGGGAAGGAACAGAACACUGAUGCUGAGAGACCCCCACUACAGGACAGCAAAGAUGUAGUCAUGUUGGAUGGUCUUCCUGAUUCUCUCCCACCUCUAACUCCAGCUCCUCCAAAAAAGUCCAAGAUCAAAAGUGCUAGUGUCCACUUUGAGGAUGAAGAUCCAGAGGAAAGACUGGAGAGUCAUGAUCGACACAUUACAGCAGUCUUCAGCAAAAUUAUUGAACGAGACACCAGUGCAGUAGCAGUGACCAUGCCAGUCCCCACAGGAGACCCAUUCCCAAGGGCAUUUCACCGCUCUGAGAUAAAAAGUGAGGUGCAGCUGGGAUCUGGAAGAAAAAGCAUCUUUGCUCAGAAGAUGGCAGCGAAAAGAGCUGCUGAAAAGGCAGCGACGACUCCCUCUGCUGCCGAGUGCGUGGAAGUAAGAUCACCCGCUCCGGAUGCCUUGGAUCCUGUUGGAUCCCUGGGAGAGGUGCCUCUCCCCAGCGGCAGGGAUGAUAAAGAUGAUGACUUUUGGACCUCUCAGCAUCCUUGUCUCAUAACGGGAGAGGGUCUUGGAAGCCAAAAGAGUGAGCAGGAAGCUCAAGCUAUUCACAAAGAGAACUUGGAGAAGCUGCAGUCCAUGUCUGAGGAGGAGAUCUUGCAGGAGCAGGCGAGGCUUCUGGCUCAGCUGGAUCCCAGUUUAGUUGCUUUCUUGAAAUCACAACGUGGUAACAAUGAAGGCCCGGAAAAGGAAUUAAAAAUGGAACUGAACAGACUGGAGGAAUUUGUGGAAUCUCUGCCUGUGGCUCAGCAUGGUGUAAGAUCAUCUCUUUCCAUGCAGGAGUCAAGUCUGGAAGAACAUGAAAGGAAGGAAGAAAGUAUGAAGGUAGAAAUCAUGGAUGAUGACCUGCCUGUGAAGCCCAGGAAGGAGUGGAUUCACAUGGACAAUGUAGAGUUUGAGAAGCUGGAAUGGAUGAAAGAUUUGCCCUCACCUCGGCAGAAGAAAACCAAAAAGGGAAUGCAAGCUCGGUUCAGUUUAAAGGGAGAAUUGAUUCCUGCAGAUGCUGAUUUGCCAACACAUCUAGGCUUGCACCACCAUGGAGAAGAGGCAGAGAGAGCUGGUUAUUCUCUGCAAGAGCUCUUUCAUCUGUCUCGCAGCCAAGUUACACAGCAGAGGACACUAGCUCUACAGGUCUUAGGUCGUAUUGUUCAAAGGGCCAGGGCUGGAGAGUUUGCUUCCUCGUUGAAGGGCAGCGUUCUGCGUCUGCUGCUCGAUGCUGGCUUUCUCUUCUUGCUGCGCUUCUCGCUGGAUGAUGCAGUGGAAAAUGUCAUGGCAGCAUCUGUUGGUGCUCUCCAUGCUCUGCUGGUGUCACUUGAUGAUGAGAAAUAUCUCGAUUGGACUUUCUCGUGGUACCAAGGGAUGGCUGCAUUCCCCUUUGUCCCUAACAAUGAGGAGGAAGAAGAGGAGGAAGAGGAAGAGUUAAAUGGAACAGAGAAAUCUCAAAAUAAAAAAUUAAAGGAUGAAAACAAGCCAGACCCAGAUGUGGCCCGAUAUGAUGUUGUAAAGGGACUUUUGAAGACAAGGAUCCAGCACCGGCUAAGGUACAUCCUAGAGGUUGUGCGACCUGUUCCAUCAGUAGUCCUGGAUAUACUGCACAUCCUCACCCAUAUAGCAAGGCACUCCUCUGAAGCAUGCAGCCAGCUGCUUGACUGUCCUCGAUUGAUUGAGACCAUUGUCAGGGAGUUUCUCCCUACUCAGUGGGAUCCCAAAGUGGCUGAACCAGGGUUUUUACUUACCAGUCUCCAUGGAGUUGCUUGUGCCAGUGCUAUGAAGUUCAUCAGGGUGUUGGCAUCUGGAGGCCGAAAUGCAACAUCCAGGCUGCUUAACAAAUUUGAAAUGAAGAGUCGGUUGAGUCGCUUUAUCGCUGAAGAGCCUCUGGAUGUGCCUCUGCCGAGGGAGGAAGCCACGAGGCUGAGCACCGAAGCCUUCCGGCUGUGGGCUGUGGCUGCCGGCUACGGGCAGGCCUGCGACCUCUACAGUGAUCUCUACCCUGUGCUGGUGAGGAUACUGCAGUCCCUGCCUGAGUUGCUCAGUGGGAAGAGCCCUGUGGUUGAGUUGUCUGUGCAGCGAGCUGCAGCAGUGGUUACUCUGUUGACACAUGUGACACAAACAGCAGGAUACACAGCAGAGCUGCAGGCCAAGUUGAGCAGCAAUAACUCAGAAGAUAGUGAACCAAUCCCACCUCCUCCAGUAGCAUGGAGUCAAGUGUCAGGUUUACAGCCCUUCCUUGAGACAAGUCUGAAAAAAAUCCUUCAGCAGCUAUCCCAGACAGAAACUUGGCAAACUCUCCAGCCUCUAACCACAACUUGUGUGAUCUUUUUGGGAGUUUAUUACAGUGCUUACAGCCAACAGCCAUCAGUCAAUCCAGUUGACUGCUUAGAGGAACUGGAACGUUUGACAUCAGAGGUGCUGCAGCCCCUUCUCAGCCAGCCAGCCAUAGACAGCAUGUGGGACUUGCUCAGGCCAUGUUCUGCUUUGUGCAACCCUCUGUCCUGUUCCCCUGCACCGGAAUCUGUCAGCAGCAUUGCAUCUCUGAGUUGCACUGGAGGCAAACCUCCUUUGAGCCUGGUUGGCUCUAAGUCACCUUUCCCCUUCCUCACUGCUCUCUUAUUUCUCAUCAAUAACAUCACUCACAUUCAUAAGGGCCUGACCAGCAAGUACAGCUCUGUGCUGGGCUUCAGAGGCUUGAAGGAUUAUCUGCAUCAAAGCUGGCAGAGUGGACCUCCUUCUGUGACUCCCUCAUCUGCGUGGAUCCUGCGCCAUGAGUAUCACCUGCAGUACUUUGUGUUGGCGUUGGCUCGGAGAAUGGCAGGCACUUCUCCGGAUUACACCCAGCAUGCCUCACUGCAUCACUGUGUUGCCAUGGCAUUGCUAAGCCGUCUGUUGCCAGGGAGUGAGCAUCUGGCUCACGAGGUCCUAUUGGAUCUUGCCUUUAAUCCAGAGUUUCUUCCUGAAGGGAAAGCUGGUGGACCAGAAGCAGCUGACUUCUCUGAUAUUCUGCAUCUGGGUACCAGUGCCAAACUGGCACAGCCUGGCUCUGCAGCAGCAUUUCUUCCAAAGGUUACUCGGGGUGCCCUGCUGAGAGAAUCAUACCAGAAUCUGCCUUCCAUUCGUUCCUGCUACCUCUCCCACUUUGUCCACUUGCAGCCCACCCUUAUGCGUUCUCAGGCGUCCUACCAAGGGCGGAAUUAUCUCAUCCAGUCAAUGCUGCUUCCUGAGGUCAAAGGGCCCAUCCUGCCUUCAGACUGGCCAUUCUUUCCGCUAAUUAGCCUCUACAACAAAGUGACUAAUGCAGAGACACGUGGGGCCAUAUUGAACUCUCUCCCACUUGAUCUCAUCAACACUGUGACCUGGAACCUGCAAUGGGUCUUGUUGCUGGAAACCUGGCGUUCUAAAAUCCUUCAGAGCAUCCCAACUGCUGCCAAACUUGCACGGCUUAUGUGUGUCUUCCUCACUGGCAGUGACCUCUUUCUAGAAGCACCAAUCCACCGCUACACAGCUGCCCUUCUCUCUGUGUAUUGCCAGCCCAAGGCCCUGGACUCCCUGAACUUGGAUGCUCCUCUCCCUGGUUUGGCGUCCUUCCAUGAUCUCUAUAUAAGUCUCCUGGAGCAAUUUGAGGGUGUCUCCUUUGGAGAUCCACUCUUUGGAGUCUUUGUUCUUCUGCCUCUGCAGAAGCGUUUCAGUGUUCAUCUGCGUCUCUCUGUUUUUGGGGAGCACACAAAUAUCCUGCGGGCGCUGGGAGUGCCAUUACAGCAGUUUCCUGUGCCUCUUGAGCGUUACACUUCCCCUCCUGAGGAUAACCUGAACCUCCUGCGACUCUACUUCCGAACGCUGGUCACUGGUGCACUGCGCCACACCUGGUGCCCUGUUCUGUAUGUAGUGGCCGUGGCUCAUGUGAACAGUUUUAUUUUCUCCCAAGAAAGCACAACACAGGAGACAGAUGCUGCUCGGAAAAGCAUGCUGCGAAAGACGUGGCUAUUGGUGGAUGAGAACUUGAAAAAGCACCUGCUGUACUACAGACUGGUGAAUGCAGAGAGUCCUUUAGGAUUUGACCUUUAUGAGCAGCUCCCUUCCAUGCGACUGAGGUACCUGCAGACAGUGACACAGAAAGAAAUUACGGAGAAUGCACCAGCACUAGACUCAUAGCAAAGCACUUGUGCAAGAAGAGGGCCAAGGUGAAGAAUGGAAAAGCUCAAUUUAUACUUCACUGAUGAAACUACUUUCAGUUCAGAUGGUUUUAGUGUUUUACCUGGACACUUUUGGCAUCUUUGCCUGGUGAAGCACUAGUAGAAUGCUCCCAGCCCUGCAGAACAUACAUGCUGUCAAGAUAUGAGAGCAUGUAUGUGUGUGACCUCUCUGUGAUGGAUGUUGGAGCAUUUUCCUCCAUUCUCCUUCAAGUUGUUCUGCUUCUUCCCAGAGGAGGUGAGAAUGUGUCUGAAAGGCACUGGACUGUUGAAUAAGCUGAAGGACCUGGAAAAGCUGUUUUGUUCACUCAGGCUGGAAACCGGGUUCUCGAGAUAAUGUCUGUUUUCCCCAGAUCCUUCCACUGCUUUUUUUGUACCUUGGAUUUUGAAUGGUCCUUUUCUCACACUAUUCCUUGCAAACAGAAGGACAGUAUGACAGGGAGGAAACUGAUCCUGUUUUUCUUAACAUAUGCAUACAAGCAAUUUCUCCAAGGUAAUGUUCUGUGCAUACACUCAGUUACAGAGAUGUAUUGCGUCAGACCUCUAAGAAAUAUGAGUUCCUAGUGCAGUAGUGCAAACACUGAAUAUCUUCCUUUGGCUGUCUUUCGGAUGGUCUCUAAAGUGCUUUCUUUUCUCCCUUAAUUUGGUUACAUGUAUAAUAAGAUCAAAAAUAAUUUCUUUGCAGGCCAGAAUGCUUGGCAGUAACCACUUCUCAUUAGACAAAAAAAAAAAAAAAAAAAAAAAAAAAAAAAAAAAAUCUGCUUGUUUAGUUAGAAUAUGUUUUGGUUGCCCACUGAGAAGAAAGCAAUUUAAAUUUUGGCAUUUCCUAGCUCAAACCUAAUUUCAAAAAUGUCUAAUUUGGUCCCACUUCUACAUCCAAAUUCUGAAUUGCAGCCUCAGACACAAGGCUUAUUACAAGUGCCACAUCAUUCCAGAAUUUCCUCUAGGUAUAUGCUCUCACUGGGUGUUCUCUAUAUUUUUGCAUGAUCACUCUGGCAAGCUUUUGUUUUCAGAACUUGACUUUUAUGAACAAAAGUUCUUAAAGAGAUUUCUGAUGUUCUGUUCUUAUGAAUAAAUUCCUCUGGAAGGUGCAAGGUGAUACCUAGUCUGAAGAGCUCAGCCUCUGUCUACCUAUCAAAGAGGCCAAGCUAGCUUCCCUCUGAAGAAAAACCAGGCCUGUGUUAACCUUACUCCAGUGAAUGUCCCAAGAGGAGUGAGAAUCACUGUUAAUAGGCCCACUUGUGUGACUGAAAUUGUACAAGAAACAAAUUCCAGCUUAAUAGAAUCAAAGAAUCAUUGAGUUUGGAAAAGAAAAUACCUUGUGUCCAACCAUAUUACAGCAUCUUUCUUUCACCUGACAGUCGUGUUGCUGCCCCCUCCAAUGCCUGCAUAAUCACAUAGGGCUUAGGGCAUCUGUGACUGAUGUUGUCUUUGUAUUGGCAGUUUUCUAAGUGUACCAGUCCCCUCCUUAGGGAAGGGGAAAAUAGCCUGUUAGAAAUAGCCAGUUUAAUCUUUUCCCCCCUGUAUUUCAGGUAGGAAAUUGACAAAAUUGGUGUUUCUUUCCAAUACCUUUCUUCUUUUGGCUUCCCGUUUGAUCUGUGGUUUCUAUCUGCAGCAGAUCAAUGUCAUGUAAAAUAACAAAAGCACAGUGGUCUAACAGGACUUUUUAUUGUUGUUAAUGAUUUUUAAAGUAUUUGAUGUGAUUAAAGGUUUAAUCAAAGUCAUUCAAGUUUUAAUCUAGAUGGUGAGAGCCCAGUAGUUAUCUUUCAGAGCAAUGGAUGGAAAAACUGAAGGACUCCUAGCUGCCUAUUUAAGAGCAGCCUUCAUCAAGGACUUUUGCUUUUCAGACCUUCAGUUAUCAAUCUCUUCCAGUCCUUUUUGGGAUGCAAAGUUGAAUUUUGUAAUGUGUAUACAGGAUGUAAAUAAAUAUUUUGAUAGCUCUGCAAGAGUUUUUGUUAACUAUGAGAACACUUUGCUCAAGUCUUUCUUGAAUUUGGAUAGUUUUGUUUGCAGUUUAUCAAUAUCUUAAGACAGCUGCUGCCUUAAAGAAUUCUACUAAACUUUGGAGCUCUGUAAGAAAGCUCCUCAAGCCAAAAAUUCCAUCCUGCUUGUGUGAUGGGUCAGUAACACAGUGUACCAAAUUCUGUGUGUACUUGGGGAAGGUCCAGGGUGGUAUGAUGUGAUUUGAUAUAUGCCCCAGGUGGGAAGACUGUCCACAGAUGGUAUUUCAAAUUAUGAUGCAAGUAUCAGCAGUGGAGAUAAGGAAAAGAACGGAUCCCAAAUAGUUCUGCAGGCCACAGUGAUACACAGAAAAUUCCAAGGGUGCUGCAUAUGUGCUGUAAGCUUUCAAAAUGUCGACUGUCACCUGAGUUGGUACAUGGUUUUUUUUAAGGCUUUCAGAAAUUUUGUAUGGAAUUUCCCCACAGAACACUAGAGGGCAUUGUUUUAUCUGGUUUAAAUGCAAGAUUUCUCAGCCUCAGUGAUACUGGGGCCUGAAAUAAAACCGGCCACCCUUGUGCAUUGUUUGAA